AUGGACCCUUUCAGUCUCACCGUUGGAGUGAUUGGCAUAUUGACAGCGGUGCAAUCAUGUCUCAAGACUAUCAACAAGAACUUCGGUCCCUCGUCUAUGUCAUCUGAAGAGAUCCAAGGCAUGAUGAACACUCUGUGGGAACUCAUUGGAGUAAUGGAAAGUCUCAAAACAUAUCACCAGCUACAUGGCGACGAUGACGAUCGAAUGACAUCCCUCAAGCCCGUGAUGACCCGCUCACGCGAGGCCAUCCAGAUCAUCGAGGACUACAUAAGUAGCGGGCGGUGGGAAAGGUUUCUUCACGGAGUCAAGUUCGACAGAAAGCUGAAGAUAGCGCUGAGAGCUCUCGACGACACCACUAAGAUUUUCCGCAUGGCCCUGGUAUCAGACCAACAUACUAUCAUGCAAGAGGUGAACAAUUAUCUUCAUAUGCUAGGUGAUGAUGUCAGGGGGGUCCAGGCUGCUCAGACCAAUGUCCAACGAGACCAUGCAUAUAGCGACGUCAUCGAUUGGCUUGAGGCAAAGUCAGACAAUAAUUUGAAUAGCCAGAUUCACGAACGAAACUUGUCCUUACGAGAUGUUGGUAGUGGAAGCUGGCUUGUGCAGCAAGCUACUUUCCAGAACUGGCUAUUAAGCACUAACGAAAGUGAGUCGAAGUCAAAGAUAUGGCUCACAGGCUCACCCGGAGCCGGAAAGUCGACUCUUUGUUCUACUGCUAUAGAGUACGUCUCGACAACGCUACGCGGGGUUUGUUUCUACUAUUUUCACCGUUUUGAUGACCAGUACGAGUCUGGCGACCGCAACAGGGUGAAGGCAGCAACCGCUCUGUUUGACCAGUCGGAGUCUGGCCACCGUAGCGGAGUGAAAGCAGCAGCGGCUCUGGUAGACCAGUUGUUCCGGUAUUUCUACAGGAAGGAUGAACGAAUGGCGACGUAUGUAAGCAACUAUGUCAAGACGGAGGAGAAGAACCUGGCCUCUUUGGCAGAGACUGCUCGCCUCAUUAUCAAGUACGCGUACGGUAGCGACAAAGAGGAUGGUGGGCUCACAGCCGCGGACCAAUUUGCUAUCCACUAUUUCCUGGACGGGGUAGAUGAGGAAAAAGGGGCAGAUGCAGCCAAAACUAUUAUCGAGCUAUUGCAUGGCCUUGAUGAAGCCGUGCCUGUGGUCCAGAAGAUUUGGGUCAGCUCUCGGCGAACAAACAUCCUAGCACGAUGUUUGACCGACUACACAGUCAUCAACUUAGACGAACACGGGAGAAGUGACGUCGAAAGCUUUCUGAUACGUAGAGUACCAGAACUUGAUGAGAGCUGGCUGAGAGCUGAAACGGUGGAAGGCAAGCCAAUAGUUACUGAGUGGGUACUACAAGAAGUACAGGCAAAGGCGAAAGGAAACUUUCUCUAUGCUAGACUAAUUGUGGAUUGGCUGAAAGACCGUGUGUUCACUAUUGAUGACGUCGCAGUCUUUAUCAAAUCUAGAGUACCCGAUCACUUCGCCGAGAUUUACCACCGAAUUUUCCGCCAAUACUACCAAGAAGAUCAACACAAAUACGUCAGUCUAUUGUUCUCACUCAUUGCCUUCGCCCGGCGGCCUUUGCGCUGGCAUGAGCUUCGAGAAGCUAUGGCCCUGGCCUUGUCAGAUCCCACAAAUGGGGUCAACCCCCGAGCAGUGCCAAACAAUCUGCAACGACUAUUCGCCCCACUGAUCGAAACGCAAGAAGACCCCACUAAUCCAGAAAAUCCACUAUGUCGUCUUUGCCACUCCACUGUCCAGGAAUUCCUGGCCGCGAACCCCGACGUACUACGUUCCGGCACCUUAGGCCGAUUUCCCACUACGUCUCUCAUCGCCGCUUCUCGGGUGGGCCACAUAUAUCUUCGUUAUCUUUCUCAAGCAAAGUAUUCAACAUUAGUGGAUCUCUCGCGAAGUGAUUGUCUCGGAACACUCACUCUCUCAUACGACGACGCCCAACAACACGGUCUCUUACCAUAUAGCGCUGAGUACUGGGACCGACACCUGGAAGAUUUGGCGCCGACGCCAGCAAUUUGCAAGGAAUUGAUUGAAUUUUUGAGUUCCCCAAAUUUUCAAACCCUAAUUCAAGUACAGAGUUUGUUUGUUUGGGGGCAUUUUGAACAGUUCAGAGCUGAAGGCUCCGCAACAACGUGCAGACCAUUGUACAGACGGGCAAUACCUCGGUGGUUUGGACCAGAUUACGCCUCUAGAGACUUCGCAUAUCUCGAAGAUUCGCGAAAGAUUCGGCGUGACUACAGACAUUUUGCAAACGAAUGGGGGCACCUGCUUAACCUUGGUAAUUGUGAAACUUCCAAGUCGGGAAAGUGUCUAACGGAACACUUUUGGGGAGAGGUUGACAGGUGUCUGACGAGCCUUCUUGGGCCAACACACUUCAUGGCUCGGAUGAAGGAGAGGUAUCAGAGCUUCAUGCUAACAUGUGUGCCAUUCGAGUGCGGUAUGUGUAAACGAUUCAUUAUUGCCGACACUGUCUCCCCAUGUGGCUCUCAGUAUAUUGUGAUGUCUUCACCGUCAGAAAAGUCGCCACAAGUUUCUCUCGAAACGUGGGAUCUUAAAUCUCCCCAUGCUCCUCAAUGUGUCUCGGUCACCCCUGUCACUCCGGCCAACAUCGAUUUCAAGUCGGAUAAUGCACGGCCUAUUGCAUUCUCUCACACGGUCGCCAAAUUCGUCUCAGCUAAUCGCGAUGGUGAUGCCAGGAGCAUCUUGGACCAGCAUAAGGCGCACCGAAAUUUCGAGCCUCUUUCGACCGAGUUUGACAUGCGGGACGAAAUAGUGGUCAUUGCUAGCCGCAACGCGCACAAACGAGCCCACAAAGCGGAACCCCAAGGAGUUAACAGUCCAUCAGUAAAAGUAGUCGACGUGGAGAACGAUUCGGACAGUGAUUUCGCAUGGACCGAAAGUGGCAGUGACUCGGACGAUGAAUAUUCAUCCGACUUCACUGACGAGAACUCGGCUUGUGAGACAUGCAGCGAGGGAUCAACAUGCUUUGGGUCUGAUGAUUCAGAUAGUGAGAAAAGUGAGAUAGAAGCUGAACAUUCGCUUUCUGAGUCGUCGAAACAGGAUGACGAAGAUGAGGACGAGUGCGAUCUGCAGUCGACUGACGAUAAAGACGAAGAUGAGGACAACUGCGUGUCGGAUUCGACCGACGAUGAAGAACGCCCCGAGCCAGCAGGCGCUCCCGGUGGCAGGCCCAUAUUCAGGCCUCAAAGACUGACAGAAAGCGAGCUUGAACUUGAGGACGAGUCGCACAGAAAGAAAGAAGACGAUCGCCCAAUGUAUCCGGAUAUGCCAAUCCGCUUAAUUCAGCCGAAUGAUCGCAUCAAAGCAAGCAUCGAAGUCUAUGAUUGCAAACCCGGACAGAAUGUACGGAUGUUCCGCUACGAGCACGAAACUCCCGCAACAGGCAUGAUGUACCACUCACCUCCGGUACUGCAUCCGCACAAAUCACUAGUAGUGUGGCCACUCGGUGGCGGCGAAAUACUCUUCGCCGACUAUGCUGAGAAGAGCUACUUUAUCCGAGCGGCUUUGCCCACAACACGCGAUAGUAAGUGA